AUGGCUCCAGUCGUCGCAUCCGCUGCUCCUGCAGCAACGCCGACCGCUGCUUCGAAGGCGAAGAGGCCAACGCCUGCAGGCAUCCAGACCAAUGGAGGGGCGAAUGCAGUCAAGUCAUCUCCGUCACCCCUCAUGUCCUCCAAGAAGCCGCCGAGUGCGACCGUCAAGGCACAGCAACAAGCCGCCAACGGGACAACGACAAAUGGCUCAAUCAACGCGAGUCGCCCGAGCAUAUCAAAAGCUCGCCGCGACACCUCACAGAGCGUAACGCGCGGCCCGAAAGCCGCAGCCGCGAAAGGCGGCCAGGGCGUAGACAAAACGAUAUCUACGCCAUUGUCGCCACGAGUUAACCACCUGACCCAAGCGUACAUCCUCAAGAAAUAUAGAGGCAGCCCGCCGUCUCUGGUUGUCCAUCUUCACGACCGGCACUUCAAGUUCGAAAACCAGGAAGGUGUUUUCGGCUACAAGACACCGAUGAAGAUCUUCCUGGAACAUGUCAGAUCCAAGACCGUUCCACACGACCUACUACCAUAUUUCAACGACUGGGGCGUCACAUUUUACGAAGCAUGUUUGAUUGUCCAAAUCCAUGACCAUAAAUCAGCAGCCCAACCCAAGGACGCUGCAAGACCAGCCCCGAAGCCAGAAACUACGGCGUCCUGCUCAAUACAUAAUCAUAAUCCGUAUAUUACACCUUCUCCAUGGGUGCCGUAUCCAAAGGAUAGCUCCAGCUCGGCAGACGCUGCCGCGCCGAACAAGGAUGAUCCCGUGACAUCAGGGGAUGCAGCUGCCGACAAGAGCUCCGGAAGCUCAAGCAAUGAUGAUCAGAAGAGCAAGCAGCCUGCAAAGUCGAGAGUAUUCACCGUCGUGCUCUUCCCUACACCUCAGACCGUGCAUGCCGACCUCAUGAUCACUGCCUCAAUGCCACGGGGAGCUGAUGGCAAGGCAAAUGGUGAUUCUUCCGCACUCGCACCUCAGACCCCUAUCAAUGCCGUUCCGCCGACUCCUACAGCGAGUUCCAUGCCGCCUCCAAACAAGAAACAGAAGCGCGGGAAGGUGGAUCUGGAUGGCCGGAACAUUUAUGCUGCGGAGGGACAAAUCUUGCUCGCGACGGCCGCGCCACUCGAUCUGGAGCCAACGAAGAGUAAGGAGGAGCUCAUCUCCCUUCUUGACAAGAUGGCGAGGCAGUCACAGUUUGAGCAACAACCCCAGCCUAAAGCUCGGAAGAGGACGGUGGCAGAGCGUGCCGCCGACGAGGCAUUGGCAGCCGAUCAGGAGAAGUACAUGCUUACUUACGACGAGCGCUUGUCCUCCACAGCCAGUGGAUCUCAAGGAGCCGCGGAUGGUGCCGAUGUCGGUGGGCAGUCGGGUGCCGCCGGCUUCGACCCAUCAUUCGCACGCUUCAAGGUUAUCAAUGAUAUUAAGAGGGAUCUUGCCGAGAAGAGAGAGCAGGAGAAAGUACGGCAAGCAGAGAAUGAGCGGAAAUUGCAACAGGCCAAAGCCGCGCAACAACAGCAGGAGGCGGCGGCACUGCUGCAACAGCAACAACAACGUCUCGCCGAGGAGAAGGCACAGCGGGAGCAGCAACUGGCACUGCAACAACAGAGACAGAACCAGCUACUGGCCCAGCAAGCUGCACAACGUCGCGCGGCCGCUGCAGCCGUGGCACAAAAUGCUCAAGCACAGGCCCAAGCCGCCCACUCGCCACCAAAUGCGAACCAGAUGGCCGUCCAGCACGGUCACCCUGCUCAGAACGGGGUGCCCAAUGGUGCGAUGGCAGGACAAGCCGCCGCGCAUCGGUUCAACCAGCAGGUAUCGCAGCCUCCCGUUUCCUCUCCUGUUGUACGACAAGGCACACCACAAAACAUGUCGUCCCCCAUGGUGGGCAAUGUGCCGAUGCAGCAGACCAAUUCUGCCAUGGGAGGUAGCCCUGCUCGACCACCCUCUGUCGUCCAAGCACACCCUAUGGGUGUCGCGAUGGCGCCGAGUAUGUCAGCACGAGGCAGCCAGCAGAGCCACCCGUCAGGCACGCCGCGCAUGCCAAAUGCCACUCCGCAAAUGGCUCACGGCACGCCCAUCAACCGGCCAAUGCCAACUCCGCGCAUGUCACAGGCAAGCCCGCCUCCUGGUAUGAUGGCUGCAGGUUCUCAGAUGGGCCACAAUAUGAUGAACAUGCAGAACAUGGGCCAGGGAAUGCCACAGCACAUGUACGCCGCCCAGAUGGCGGCUCAGCAGCAGCGAGCCCGCAUCCAAGCACAGCAACAACAGCUCGCUCUUGCGAAUGCCGGGAUGAUGAACGGUCAGAACCCACAGAUGCAGAAUCAGCAGCAAAUGCUGCAGCUUUUGCAGCGACAGCAGAUGCUCAGCAAUAUGCAAAACGGCAAUGUGGGCAACAACAUGAAUCUGCUCGCAGCGCAACAGGCGCAGCAGCAACAGAUGGCGGCACGAUACCAGCAGCAGAUGAACAACAUGCAGGCGCAGCAGCAAGCACAUGCGAUGCAGCAAGCUCAGAUGUCGCAAGCUGGCGGUCAGCAGAUGGCGGGCCAGAACAUGAUGGCAAUGAAUGGGGGCAUGAAUCAGCAGCAAAUGGCAGCACUGCAGCAGUUGCAACUUCAGCAGCAGCAGCAGCAGCAGCAACAACAGCAACAACAACAACAACAACAGCAGCAGCAGCAGCAGCCACCGAAUGCUCUCCAGAUCCAGGUUCAGCAAAAAUCACAGGCCCUAUAUCGGCAGAACAUCCCCAAUCUUGCCCAGAAGUACGGCGGGCUGCAGGGAAUUCCUGCCGAAGUGCACGAAAACUUUAAGAGACAGUGUUCGCAGAAGGCUAAGGAAAUGCUGCAACAACAGAUCUUCCAGCGGCAGAUGAUGAUUCAACAGCAGCAGGCUCAGCAGCAGCAACAGCAACAGAACCAGAUGCAGAACAUGGGCGGCAUGAUGCAGCAGGGCAUGUAG